AUGACAAGAAUUCUCCGUUCUCUGGGUACCCUCAAGGCGCCGUCCGCCUUUUCUCGCCGUGACCCAAUCAACACCCUCGCCCUCUCUGACCUCUCCAAGAUCUACCUCUUCGAACGCAAGCCCAAGGAUUCCAACGCUGAAGUACCGCCACCGCCUCCUACGGUUGUCGGUGGGAUCCUCAAGAAGGACUGGCUCCUCAAGCACCGGACAAAAGUUCCGGCCGUCCUCGGUGCUGUGUUCAGGGCGGAGCACGUGUUUGGUGACCCUGCUCAGUGGCUCAAUGUCUGCUCCGAUCUCGAUUCCAUCAAGGCUGUGAUUCGUGGGAGGAACAUCAAGUUGGCUGUUGUAAUUAUCCACACUGGUGCAGGUACUUAUAUCAGGGAAGGAAGAUCCAGAGACAGCAUUCUCUCCUAUGAGGUGCCAUUUUAUGCUGCGGCCGAUGAAAGGAUUGUAGAGCUGCAUGGAGAAGUCUUGAAGGUGCUUAAGGCACUGGAAGCAGUAGUUGGGCACCUGAGGA